AAGCCAGGAGGGAGUACCGGCCUGUGGCUGGGCUACAGAGCCGACUGUGAAUGCGGAGGAUUUCCGAAUCUCAAUUUUGAGGAAGCCCCGGAUGUCUCGUUGAGUUCAUGGCUGUGGGAAGAGGUUUCCUGGUUCUGGGGCUCCUAGAGGGGUCUUUUCGGUUGCUGGAGGGCUGCCGUGUCCUCCAGUGAACAGGUUCAGGAGCUCUUUGCGAGGUGUGAGGGCCUCUCCGAUAACCGAGGGAUUGUUGCUCUCUACCUGCCGGUGCUGACUGCCAAUUUCGCAUGUUAUUCUUUUAAGUUGAUCUGAGAAGGCCCACUUCUUGUUCGAGGGAUGAUGGCAUUUGAGCAGAUACCAAAAAAGGAUUGGUACAGCAUUCUGGAGGCAGACCCAUCUGCAAGUGUGUCAGACCUGAAACAAAAGUAUCAAAAACUCAUAUUAUUGUAUCAUCCAGAUAAACAAAGUACAGAUGUACCAGCAGGAACAGUGGAGGAAUGUAUACAGAAGUUCAUCGAAGUUGAUCAGGCAUGGAAAAUUCUAGGGAAUGAAGAGACAAAAAAAGAGUAUGACCUGCAGCGGCAUGAAGAUGAUCUAAGAAAUAUGGGACCAGUAGAUGCUCGAGUGUAUCUUGAAGAAAUGUCUUGGAAUGAAGAUGAUCAUUCUUUUUCUCUGAGUUGUCGAUGUGGUGGAAAAUACAGUGUUUCCAAGGAUGAAGCAGAAGAAGUGACGCUGAUUUCUUGUGAUACGUGUUCACUAGUUAUAGAACUCCUUCAUUAUCGCUGAGAUUGUUCACUAAGUGGAAUUCUUUAGUGUAUUCAGACACAUGGAGGAAAAUCUACUCCACCUUUGUCCAUUCAAGCAAACAUAUAAAGCUGAUUUAAAAAAAAGGAUUCUUUUUUGUCAGCUCUAUUAUUUGCAGAGAAAAUAUAAGACUGUCAAAGUCCACCUAGAUUAAUAGAAAAUUAAUUUCAUUAUUCAUAUGUAUUUACAUUUUAUAUUUACAGAUCGCUAAGAAAGGGGGCUUGAAUUAAAAGUUAUAUUUAGUGAAUUCCCAUCUGAGAAGUUUAUUAUUGGUGCAUUUUCUCCUUGGUACAAAAUAUAAGAAUUUUCCUUUCUUCAUAUAAGUGCGUCUCAUCUUUUAAUGGGUCGCAGUAUCAUCAUAUUCCUUUAUAGUUGCUAAGUUUUUGAAGUAACAUAUUCCUAGCUGCUAAAGUUAUAGGCCUUUUGUACAACUAUUUCAAAUCUCAGGUCAUUAGAAUUAAGUUAGAAUCUUCGUGAAUAAUAUGUGAGCCUAGCUCUCUCAUGAUGAAGGCUGGAUAUGGAUAUUCGUGAGUUAUUUCAAAGUUAAUAAAGUGAAAUGGCAACCGGAGAAAGAAGGAGAGCCUUGGAGUCAGAAAACCAUGGCCACUGCGUUGCUGGUAUGAUGAAAUGGACUUUUUUAAUGUGUUUGUUAUUAUUGAUUAUAGUAAAGCUUUUAUUUUUCUAUAUAUUUAAUAUUCUAUGGACCGUAUGAGUCAGAACUCAUUUAAAAAAUUUUAAGGAAUCCUUUAUGGGAUCACUGAAACAUUCUUUCUUAAUUUCAAAUGAGUAAUCCAAGCAUGUGACUUAGCAGCUUUUUAUUAGGUCAAACUCUUGGUUUAUUGUUGGUUUGGACUUACUUAUAAGACUAGUUAGUACUCUGCCUUGCAAAUGUAGCUAAAGUAUGAGGCAUAUUCAAGAGGAGUAAAUUACUUUCCUUAUACCUAUACAACCAAAAAUUUAAAAGUGAGGUUGUUCCAGGUUUUCCCUAAAAAUAUUUUCAUAUCAAAAUUUAGAUGACUUAUUUUGGAUUACAUUUUUAUCCAUAUAUUUUGAACAAAUAUAGCUUGCAGAGUUUGUGUUGCUUAUUCUUUACAUUUAACAAUUAAAAAUAACUAAAACUGAAUAGCAAAUAGUUUAUUAGUAAGUAACAUGGUUUCAGUGACAAUAAUAAAUUCACUUUAACAGAAGACAAUAAUCAAAUCAAAAGAAUAAAUGCUUGCUAAUCAUCAGAAAAUCUGUGGCCAUUAGGGCUGUCACGUAGAAAUCCAAAAUCAUUCAGAGGCCAAAUCUGUAAAAUCCAAAUGUGAUUGAAGACAAUUAGUAAAGUGAUAUCAUAGCAUCAUCAUAUUCCCUUCUUUUUUUCAUUCAUCCCUUUCUCUAUGCCGUAUAAUUAAAUACUUUCUCCCUAUUCUUCAAUCAAGAACAAAUUUUCUACUUCAAAAUAAGACUGUAGAAAGUAAACCUGUAUGUGUAUGUAUUUAACCCUCUAAAGUUUGGAACAUUCAAACAUUAUACUAGAAAAUAAUAUGUGUGCAGUGUGUAUAUGUUUGUUUUUUCUUUCACUAUCGUCAAAGUUAACUGUAAACCUAAGUACUUGAAUAUAACAUCUGCUUAAGUGUAAAAGAUCCUGUAAAUUAUCCAACAGCCCCGAAUACUUAUGUCUGUUUUUCUCCUGACUGCUUGUGGCAAGAAGGAAAAGCCAAUGAAAACAAUAAUCUUUACUAUUACAUUUACUACAACCAUGAUAAGUGCAUUACUCACUAUACUUAACUGGGAUAUCCCUGCAUUCCAGCUAGUUGCUAGAUUGCUCUUCUGCAAAUGCAUAUUAAUAUAUGCCCUGGGUAUGAAUAUGGUUGGAAAAGUUGUACGAGAGAAAAUUAAAUUUUUGGAGAGUCAAAUUAAAAGCUUCUUAUGCUACAACUAAUCUGAACUUUAUUUUUCAAACAAAAAUUAUUCUCAAUUACCUGUCAUAAUGGGGGAGUGGUAAUGUUUAUAGCUAUGAAGGCCAACAUGUUCAUAAAGUGUAGUCAUUGCAACAGUUUUAUGUCCACUGACAGCCUAAAGAUUUCAGUUCUUCUGAAAGAAACUUUUUUUUUUUUUGGUUUUGGUUUUUUUCCCAGCUCAGAGAAGAAAGCCUGCAUUUUAAGCAGAAAACAGUAGUACCUUAAAGAAGAUACGUCCUCUUAUUAGUCCAUAUGGAACAGGUCCAUAGUACCUGGAAUCUGUAGAAUUCUGUAGAUUAUCACCUUCUAACCACACAUGACCCACUGGCACCUAGAAUUAUAGAAGAAAGCAGCCCCUUUAAAAAAGAAAAACAAAUCUGGGUACUAUAAAUUAAAAAUCAUGUCUUUUGGAGGUAGGGAGAAAUGUCCUAAAGUUCUCUUUUAUAAAAUACAUUCAAACCCUAUAAUUUGCAUUUUUGCUGUUAUUUCUUGCCUAAUAAAAUAACUUUUACUAAAUAUUAAUAAGUAAUAUUUCAACUUUUAAAAAGACCUAUCUUUUUUGCCAUAUGGUUCCCAAACAUUAAUUUGUUAUGCAAACCCCAAACUGAGGUUAUAAGAGAUCAAAACAGUGUGACAGGGUCAUUAAUUUAAUAGACUUCAAAAGAGGUCAUUAGGAUGCUGACUGAAAAUGUGCCCUCCUGUCUCAAUAACAGCAUAAGCAGGGCAGCCACUCACUCAGCAACAUCCUGGAGCCAAUACCAAGGCCAGACCUAUUAGAAUGCUCAUGAUGAACUAAAUGGUAAUUGAUUGUGACAUCAAUUACAAAUAAUCUCAUCAUUUUAUUGGAGUGGGCUUGUCAGAAUUCUAAUUAAGAUCCUUGUUCUGCCUUUGUACAGGCCAUAUCUUCAAUGCAUUAUACUUCAAUAAUGACCAUCAAGAACUAGAAGGACCUAUUAUAAAAUCAUCAGUUGUAAAAUUAAUGAUGGUGACCUUCUACUAAAUGAAAAGAUCCCAUCUUCUAUAUGUCCUGUGUAUUAACUGGGAUAUAACAUAAAUUUAAAUUUUUACUCAGUGACAAUCAUAAGUAUAUUUAGAACAGAACACAUUACUUAAAAAAAUGCCCACUGUGAUAUGAGAUAUUUGCCCGUUAAUAUCUGUUCAAUAUAAGCUUUAAAAAUUACUCUUCAGUAACAGUCUUCAAAAUUGCAUUUUAAAAAGUUUCUUUUUCAUAGCUUUUGUUACCCAAGAAAGUUGAAUUAUUGACCAGACCAAAAUGAUCUAUGGAAAGGAAUUAAUUUUCACUAUUCUUUUGACUAUUACUUGGGAACCUUAUAUGAAGAAAAAUAUUCAUAUUAGGUUUAAUAAGAAAUGACCAAUUUUUUUAAAUGUCACAAAAUUUUUAAAAACGACUACCUUGGGGCUUCCCUGGUGGCGCAGUGGCUGAGAAUCUGCCUGCUAAUGCAGGGGACACGGGUUCGAGCCCUGGUCUGGGAAGAUCCCACAUGCCGCGGAGCAACUGGGCCCGUGAGCCACAACUGCUGAGCCUGCGCGUCUGGAGCCUGUGCCCCGCAGCGGGAGGGGCCGCGAUAGUGAGAGGCCCGCGCACUGCGAUGAAGAGUGGCCCCCGCUUGCCGCAACUAGAGAAAGCCCUCACAUGAAACGAAGACCCAACACAGCUAAAAAUAAAUAAAUAAUCGGCUGUUUAAAAAACAAAAAAAAAAACAAAAAAAAAAACGACUACCUUUUAGAGCAGUUUUAGGUUAACAGCACAACUGAGAGGAAGGUGCAGAGAUCUCCCAUAUACCUCCUGCCCCCACUCAUGCACGGCCUCCCCAUUACAUCCCCACUAGCGUGGCAUGUCUGUUACACUGACAUCAUCAUCACCCCAAGUCCCAUGGUUGACCUUAGGGUUCACUCUUGGUGGCGUACAUUCUAUGAAUUUGGACAAAUGUAUGACAUGUAUCCACAUCACAGUACCAUACACAGUAUUUUCACUGCCCCCAAAAUCCUCUGUGAUCUGCCUAUUCAUUCUCCGCCCCCCCCCCCAUCACCCCUGAAUUACCUUUUGGAAAAAUAAAUUUAUACAAGCAUGUAAAAUUUGAAUUACACUUUAUUUAGAGAUUAUAUAAUUUUGGAAUAUAUAAUUUUGGAAUGUCUUAUAUCAUGUAGAAAUAUUAGCCAAAAAUGAAUCAAGUUAAUUAUUUUCAUUUAGAUAUACUUAAAUGUGAAAUCUAUUUGUAGAGAAAGGAUAAAAGUUUUUUGAAAGAAUAUCAGAUAUUGUAAGAUCAUUAACUUCUACUAGUGGAACUAGUUAUAGGUUCUAGGGCCAAUAGCAAGGUUCAUUCCUACCUAUAUAAUAAGUAGAUUUAUAUGUAGUGAAGCUUAAGGCUGCUCAAAUAGAAAAAUGAGUACAUCUCAGGUUACAGAUGAAAAGAAGAACAAAAUAGUGUAUUUGGAAAAGCUAAAAUAAGUCAUUAAAUACAUUCUGAAGUACUGCCUUGGGAGAAACUACAAUGUGAACAUCUUUGUUGUCUAAAUUUCCAUAGUUUUUCCUUAAUAUGUGUUUGUUCCUGAGUUCUAAAAAUAGGUAACAUAUACGAAUAGUUAAAUACAAUUAUAAAGUUAGGGACACCAAUAUAAGCAAAGGAGAACAAAAUUCAAAAAACUAAUAAAGAUACUAACAAUCCAGGAAGAUCUUUUUUUGCCCAUCCGAUUGAUCCAAUAUACAUUUCCUUUCUCCAUGAAGCUUUUCCCAAUGUUGCCUGCACAUACCAAAUACCCUAGAUUGUUUAAAACACUUAAAGUCUGCCCUACAUGGGGCUCUGGAUCGUAACAUCCUCUUACAUGCUUGGCUUUUGUGUAUGUCUACUAUUUUAUGACUGAAAAAGCCAACAGACAAUAAUCAUGUCAUGAUCUUAAAUCUUUACAACACCUAAACCAAAGUUGGAACUCAAAUAUUUGUUGGUGAUUAGUAUUAAGUAGAAAUUCUUGUAAAACACAAUCACUUUUGUGGCAGUUAUGACCUAAGUUUCUUCCAAAUUUAGAUAAAUACAGUGAUGAAGUAUUAUCUCUGGUAUAGUAAAGUUAACAAGAACAGAAAGGAAUCUGCUAAGAGAGACCCAGAACAUACCACCAGAAACCUUUGGAGGAGUGUGACCCAGGCUGUUCACACCUAAUCCUUGACUGCAAGGGGUGGAACAAAAGGGAGGAAUAGUAACGCAAACUAGUGUUUAUACAUACUUUUCUGGUCAUACUAAUUUAAACAAACAAACACACAUUUGAUCCUUAAAACAACCUGUGAAGUACAGUUACUGACAUUUAAUAGAAGUAGGUUCAAAUAUGGAACAUGCUACCUCUUACCUGAAGCCCAUAUAUGCUAAUACCCAUGCAUCCAUCCAUAGCAAAGGAAUAACCUUUAUAUCUUAAGACUUCAGUGUUUGAUAUAAAGUACAGAAACAAGGAAAUAACCUCAUCACUGAUGGUACCUUUAAUAAGAGCUUCUCUAUAAAUGGGAAAACCUCUGAGUGUGAGUCUUAAAAUCAAAGCAGUCACCUUUGCUGAUCUACCUCUCUAUCACUUAUUUUCCCAGUAAAAAAUUCAUUAUGUUUGCAAUUACUCCACUUUUGAAACAUGUACUUAUUUUUGAUAUGGGGUAAGGGUGUACACUUUAAAAUCAAUUUUAGAGGUAUACUUCACAGUAAAAUGUGCUCAUUUUGUUUCAACACUAGUUUUGAAAAAUGUGCAUUCCUGUGUAACCACCAACCACAAUCAAGAUGUAGAACAUUGCUACUGUGCCAGAAAGCUCCCUCCUUUUUCAGUCCACCUCCCACCCCUACACCUCGUCCCAGGCAACUAGUGAUCUGUUUCCUGUUUACUAGAGACUACUUUUACUAAAGUUCAUAUAAGUGAGAUUGCACAGUACAUACUAUUUUGUGUCAGGCUUUUGUUCAGCAGUUUUUAAACGACUAAUACAUGUUGCAUGUAUCAGUCAUUCAUUCCUUUUUACUGCUGAGUAUAUCCCAUUGUAAAUCACUAUUUCUUUCCAUGAACCUGUUGAUGGAUAUUUGUGUUGUCUGCAAUUUUGGGCUGUUACAAAUAAAGCACUAUGAACGUU